AUGACGGGGUAUACACUCCUCCAUCCAUCGGGGAGGCGGGGGUGGCUCGCGCGACCACUUCUCAUCUCGGCUGCCGCCGUCGUCUUCCUCUUCUGCCUGGUCGUCUCUAUCCGCCCAACCACCCUCGACUCCUUCUCCUAUGGCAACGGAUCCGAUCUUUACGGCACCGUACUCUCCGCCAUAUCCAGCUCCCCCAACUCCUCAUUAGCGUGGACUGACGCCGACGGAUCAUUACACCGCCUCGGGAACGGGGCACACUUUGUCGACCUUCCCAACGACCAUGUCGUCGACGCGCGUAACGGUCUUGCAUUUCCUCAAGAACUCGAGGGCCAGUCAUUCAACCUCGCCGUCCUCAAACUACCGCCCGGCAGUGCGUUCCAUUUACUUGGCGUUGCGCGUGGUCCUACUCGCCGACACCCGUUUAUUGUGGUUGAAGGACAUCCUGCCCGCGAACAGAGCGUCGUCGUCUUUGGACUUGAUGUGCGCCAUGAUGGGUCGCUAGUCGUCGUCACAAAGGCACAUGCGCUUGAUUACCAGAUGAUUCCUCAGGAGGUUUGCAAGGUCACCGGUCACUGGGUUGCAACUUACGGGCCCGAGGAUUCGCGGAUCUUCUGGACGGACGCUGGCACUCCCGCGAUCACGUUCGGCCGUUCGAGCGACUGGGCGGCCAAGUGUCGCGUGGUGGGACUGAUCCCCGACUUGCGGCGGCACUUCCCCUUCGUGGCGGAAGCGAUCGUCCCAAGCGCGCGGCACGGUGUCGCCCCCUACUCCCACCACGUCGAGGUGGGUGACGCGCAGUCGCUCGAGCUGGUCCGCGAGCGCCGCAACCACGUCGAGAAGAACUGGGCGGCGUUCUACCCCGGUCCCCAACGCGACAAGAGCAGGUUAUACCCCGCCAUGUCGUACUCGGUCGCCCCCGGACAGGUCAUGGACGUCGCCAACGCCACCUCCCGUUAUAUCAGCUACGAUGUGCUCGAUGCCCCCGACUUCAGCGCCAAGUGCGUUGCCCGCGCGCACAACUGGGAUCCCAGGGCGAACCAUCACGCGUCCCCACUAUACCGCUUCACUCUCUGUGAGAGAGGCUGUACACCCCACGAGGGGAAUACCGUCAACGUUGCGGUCGCGCACGCCAAACUCCGGGGACGGCAAUACAUGAAAUACUUUGUCACGUACAAUACCUCCGCGCCGUUCAACCUCAUCAGUAUUGGUCCGGCCUUACUUGUGAACGGAGAAGAGAUUGACGACCCGAUCAAGAUCAACUUUGCGCUCAGCAUGGUUCCCCUCGAGCCGGCGGACUUGGAUCCGACUGCUAAAAGGAGAAAGCACCGGCAGGCGCCAGGCCACUUCUUCCUCGACGAUACGGUGCUCAUGACGCUUGGACAUGCCGAUGAUCGGAUGAUCUCGACUACGUUCCCGGCACGCGAGAUGCUGUCGCGGCAUAAGAUGUGUGAUGAGCUGGUUGAUUGA